AUGGGGGAGGACGCUGUACAGGCUGAAAAGUUCCAGCACCCAGGCCCCAACAUGCGGCCGGAGAAGCCGGCCGGCUCCAGUCCGGUGCCGUCCUCCACGCCGAGCCCCAGCCUGCAUCUGGGGAGCACGGAGGAAGCCAUCCGGGACAGCGCGCAGGUGAACGCUGUCACGGUGCUCACGCUCCUGGACAAGCUGGUGAACAUGCUCGACGCCGUGCAGGAGAACCAGCAUAAGAUGGAGCAGCGGCAGAUCAGCCUGGAGGGCUCGGUGAAGGGUAUCCAGAACGACCUCACCAAGCUCUCCAAGUACCAGGCCUCCACCAGCAACACGGUGAGCAAGCUGCUGGAGAAGUCGCGCAAGGUUAGCGCGCACACGCGGGCCGUCAAGGAGCGCAUGGACAGGCAGAGCGCGCAGGUGAAGCGGCUGGAGAACAACCACGCCCAGCUCCUCCGGCGCAACCACUUCAAAGUGCUCAUCUUCCAGGAAGAAAAUGAGAUCCCUGCCAGUGUGUUUGUGAAAGAGCCAGUUUCCAGCCCAGGAGAAGGGAAGGAGGGGGAGCAUGCCGAUGAAAACAAGUCCCUGGAGGAAACUCUGCACACAGUGGACCUCUCAUCCGAUGAUGAAUUGCCCCAGGAUGAGGAGGCCCUGGAAGACAGCGCAGAAGAAAAGAUGGAAGAGAGCAGGGCAGAGAGAAUAAAAAGAUCCAGUCUCCGGAAAGUGGAUAGCCUCAAAAAGGCAUUUUCUCGCCAGAACAUUGAGAAGAAGAUGAACAAGCUGGGGACAAAGAUCGUAUCUGUAGAGAGGAGAGAGAAGAUUAAGAAAUCUCUCACUUCCAAUCACCAGAAAAUAUCCUCAGGGAAAAGCUCCCCCUUCAAGGUCUCUCCUCUCACUUUUGGGCGAAAGAAAGUCCGAGAGGGAGAAAGCCCGGCAGAGAAUGAGACCAAAUCAGAAGACAUGCCCAGCAGUGAGAUGGCAAAUGACUACGAGGAGAGCUCGUUUGCAGAGGGUCCUUCCGAAGCGUCUCUCACCGGUGCCCUGGUGGAAGGGAAGAGCCUGGAGGGGGAUGCUGGGACCGCGGCCUCGAGAGGGAGUGACUCGGCCAUGGACAGCAACGUCGACUUGACUAUUGUGGAAGAUGAAGAAGAGGAGUCAGUGGUCCUGGAACAGGCGCAGCAGGUGCGCUAUGCGGGAGAGCACGUGCUAGCCUCCCACGAGGCAGAGCAGUCGGAGGAGGAGCCCGUGCAGCCAGCUGUGCUCCAGGUGGACCAGACUGCUUAA